AUGAACGCUCCCGCCGGUGUGUGACGUAAUACAAGCUUGUUCCUUCUUGGCUGUUACCAGUGGAGACAAUAUGGCGGCCAGCUGGUACAAAAACAACAAGCGACUUCGAAUCACAGUUGAAAGAUGCGUGCAUGCACACCCCACAUGUGCGAGAGAGACAUAGAUCACCGGAGAGAAAAGGACGGACCCCCCAAGGAAGAGUGGAGUGAUGAAGCACGGAGGCCCGCCACGAGUCGCAAGGACAGAGCACGUAUGAUGAUGGCACCAUCAAAUUUAAUGGGCUACAUGAGAAGGUCGGAUCAUAAAGACUGACAGUCACUCUGCUUGCAGAGGUCAGUGUGACGGCCAAAAUCCUCCAUCACUCUCACUAUCUGAUGAAGAGUGAAAGGGAGCGCAGACGGGCAGAGGAGCAGGGCCACAUGUUUCUUUCACCUUCUCUGCUUAACUCGAUGAAGACAAAAUACGAAGUAAGAGAGGCUGUAGGAGCCCAGGUCCUCAUUUAACUCCUUCAUGAUGGCGUUCCUGCAGCAGAUGCGCUCCCCACGUUUGUCCUUCCUCCAGACAGUUGUGUCUCUCUUCAUGGGCGGCAUGGCCCUCAUGUCCUCCUACUGGUGCGUGGGUAAACAGAAGGUGCCAAAGCCACUGUGUUCAGCCACCAAGCAGAGCAACUGCAUCCCCGUCCCCGGCCUCUCCAACUCCAACAUCCAGUUCUCCUGGGAGACGGGGGAUGACCGCUUUGUCUUCCCCAGCUUUCAUACUGGCCUGUUCGUCAUGUGCCAGGAGAACAUCUACACAGACGCAUGGGAGGAGAAGUGUCGAGGCUUUUAUACUUUGACUCCAGGAUCUGAAAAAGCGAUGAUGUGGCUGUCACUGUCAAUGGAGAUCAUGUAUGUCGGUCUGCUGGUAAUCAGCUGCACACUGCUGUCUGUGCAGUUGUGUAUCAGGGCCUGGUGCCCCUCCACGCAGCGCUGGGGCCAGCUGCUCAACGCUUUCGCUGCUGUCUUCACCGUCCUGGGAGGUCUGCUUGGGAUGGUGGGUCACAUGAUGUUCAUGCAGGUGUUUCAGACCACUGCUUCAAAUGGACCAGAGGACUUCAAGCCUCACAGCUAUGGCUACUCCUGGGCGUUCUAUGUGGCCUGGUUCGCCUUCACCGUCUGCAUGUCCGCCGGCGUCUCCACUCUCAACAACUACACCAAGAAGGUCCUGAUGGUGGGGCCCAGACACAGCUCCAGCCUCAACGCCUGCAGCUUUAACUUUGUGGGGCUCCUGCCACCUUAUUACACCCCUGGGAACCCACCCAUGACCCUGGCCUGCCCCCCGUCUCCUCCCCGGAUCUCCCACUUGUCUCCCUACUAUAAGCCUCUGCCAGCAGAGGUGCCAGCUUCCACUCCGAGGCUCACGCACUCCCACUCCCUGCCUCUACCCCACUCUGACUCCUUCCCUCCUCCCCCCUCGCACCCUGCGCCUGCAUCACCGUUCCACCGCCUGUCCCUCCCCUCUCCAUCUCAAUCACCUCCUCCGUCCGUCUCUGUCCACCUGACCCUCCCUGCACACCAGGAGAGCCAGUAUGGACCAGAGGAGGACUACAGCCCACUUUGAAUAUCCAGACUGGAGUCUUUCUGUGACUAGACGACAGAUGCCAGCCCUGGCAUCGCAGUUUAAUGUUUCUUAUUGUCUGACUUUACAUAGUCAGCAGUCCAGUGACCUGAUGAAUCAGCUUUGAUCAAAAUCAGUUCAGCCCAGUCGCCAGAAGAAAAUAUUGGUACUGUACGUUUCUGCAAACCACAAAGGCAUUUGCACUUUUAAUACGUAUCACAUCACAGUUUCUAAAGUGACGUAGUACAUGAGCUGACUUUGUUUUCGGGAGGUGGAGGGGAUGGAGGAUGGAGUGUCACCUUGGCAAGAUGCUUGCCUCAUGCCGGACCAAAAACUAGACGAUUUUUAGUGCCCGUUGUUUUGGUUUUUUUCAGCAGCUUUUCAGCCCCCAAACUUGAGUGUUCUUUUGCAACCUGUCGCUGUUUUCCAGUGGGGAAAAUGGCAUAAAAAGCAUACAGAAGGCUAUAUAUGAACAGAUUUUCUCUCUCUAGCGAGGGUAGACUCGAGGAUCUCAGGUCAGGACCUGGAGCAUACGUAGUCAGAGGCUCAACUGUAUAACGAGGCUAAACCAUGCUGAGAAUACAAAAGUAUGAAUAAGCUUUUGUAGGUCAGGAAAAGACACAGCUGAUUUGAUUUUGGUAAUAUUUCUCAGGUGGAAGUAACAGGAUUUAAUUAGAUUAUUGACACAUGGAUCAAAGUUCAACUGAGAAUCUAAAGUGAUGCCUGAAUUUCUCUUUCUUGGUCCGCUGAUCCUAAUUACUGUAAUUUCAGUUACUGUGUGUCCCUCUGCUGACCAGUGCUGGAUGUAAUUAUGUACAUUUACUGAAGUACUGUACUUAAGUACUUUUAUUUUACUUUAGUAUUUUAAUCUCAUGCCACUUCCUACUUCUACUCCACUAAAUUUAAGAAGGAAACAUUGUACUUUUAAUCCACUACAAUUAUUUGAUAACUUUAGUUACUUUACAAAUUAAGAA